AAAGAACAUGGAAGGUGUUGCAAACAAUAAUGUUGCGAAAAACCCCUCCUUGUGUUUGGAAGCACCACUGGCCCUUCCCUUCGCCUCCCGGCGUCGCUCGACGGCUGCUGCAUCGUUUACCGGGUGGACGGCGUUGGAGAUCCGUGGUUGUGGUGGUUUUUUUUUCUACCAGUGAGCGGCAGUGUGACUGGCAAGAACAUAUGGCCCGUGGUCAAUCUCAGAAGGACGAGGAUACUAGCAGCUCGACGAGUAGACGCGCUAGCAAGAAAAGGAAAGACAUAAUUGACUCGAGCAUUUCUGGUUCGACGACGAAUGCUAGCCCUAAAACCAAAGUUUCGAGUGGCAAAGCGAAAGACAGCAGGACUCUGACUACCACGAGUUCAGCAGCGACGGAUUCUUCCAAUUUGAGAUCUGCUAGGGAAACAACUACCAAGAAAGCGAGCGUGUUGGGUCCUAUCUUGCGGAAAUCAGAACGGCUUGAGAAGCAAAAUAUGUCAACCCCUUUGCAGAAAAGGGGUUCAGAUAUGGAAGUCAAGAAUCAUAGUCCGCUAAGACGGUCAAAGAGGAUUGAGAGGUUCUGCGCAUCAAGUUCCUCAGGUUCAAAGCUGUCUGGAAAAAGCUCAACUCCUUUGGUGAAGAAGAAAGUGAACGAGGUGAAGAAUGAAAAAACAAAAUCAGUUUCAGGCACCACAGGAACGAACAAGUCUAAGAAGCUUAGCAGUGGUAGUAGCCGAUUGUUAAAAAACCGAACGAGAAUGGAUGCCCGGAGUUAUAGAGCUUUAUUUACACCACUAACUAAAAAGGCCAAAAUUUCAGAUUCCACAGAACCAUUGCAUGACUGUGUUUCAAGGGCUGCUGAUUCUGCAGCAGUAGUAGAGCAUGGAGAUGAGUGUAGUGGAAGAAAGUGUGACGAGCCUAUAGUGAAUCCUUGUGAUAAAGAAUUAAAAGAAACUGCAGAAGGUUCUAGUUCAGUUUCAAGAGAGCUUGAAGAGUUGGUCCAGGGAGUUGAUAGAGCAAGUACAUCUUGUUUUAACGUGAAGCGAAAGUUAACUGAAUUAAGUGAGUCCAAAUAUGCUGAUAACAGUACUAGUUCACUGCAGCCUUCUCUAGCUGGAAAUAUUGCCAAAGAAUAUGACAAUGGCAUGUUUCAGAGAGAGACUGACAUUGAUCGUGACGAAAUUGAUGCAUGUAAGUUAAAUACAGAAGAUUUUGGGUUAUUACAGCCUGCAGAGCAUGCUUUUCAAAAUAGACCCUUCACUGCUGAUGUUAUUCAACAAAGUGGGGAUACUUCAGCAUCUCCUAGAAGUGCAAAGCUGACUUGUGAUCUUGAUUUGAACACUUCAUUAACACUACAAGGAGAACAUAUGUUGAUUCAGACAAUUUCCAUGGCGGAUGCUUGUCUUUCAUCUCCUUCUUUGACUAGACGAGAUAAUCUACAGCAGUGCACAAAGUGUUUUGAACUCCAAAGGGUUCAGGAUAUGCAAGUUAAGGAGCAAUGUUCAUAUAUUGCCAGAAGCCAUGAUUUAUCCCUCGAAUUGUCUGAGGAAGCUCAUCAUAAAGUUGCUCCAGAUAAACAUGGCAAUGCUGCUAUUUGUUUGCAAGAAGAUAAAUGUAAAGGAAACUCUUUGUCAGAAGCUGAAAGUGGACUGGCUGGAGCAGAGAAGUCAAAUUGUUUUGUAGCUUCAGCCUGUACAGUAAGUCUAAACAUGCUCAUGGAAAGUCGGGAGAUUGGGGCCAGACCAGUGGACUGUAAUCUCAUGGAUAUUUCAAAAGAACAUGAUAAUUCAACUCAUUUGAGAAAGUCCUUGUUUGAAAUUAAGACAGAUGGUGGUGCCAAUGCAUGUGUUGUCUGCAAACACCCAGAAACAGAACUGUCUUGUGAUGGGAAAGGUUGCAACAGAAGCUAUCAUCUUUCUUGUCUUGAUCCACCCCUGCAAAAUUAUCCUGGUGCUUGGCUAUGCAUUUUUUGCAUAAAAAAGAAAAUAGAGAUUGGUGUACACUCCAUAUCUGAAGGAAUAGAUUCCAUUUGGAACUUUAAAGAAGAAUUGCAGAAUGGCAAGCAUUACUUUGUCAAGUAUAAAGGUCUUGCUCAUAUCCAUAAUCAAUGGAUUUCAGAAACCCAGAUGCUUCAGGAAGCUCCUACACUUUUGUCUAAAUUCAAAAGGAAAUAUUACAAAGAGAGGGCUAUAAAAUGGAAGCAGGAGUGGGCCGAGCCUCAUCGGCUAUUGCUAAAAAGAUUGCUGAUGCCUCAAAAGCUGACUGAUGACCUUUUUAAUGGGCUUGCUAAUAGCUUUCCAAAAUGCUACCAUGAGUGGUUUGUGAAAUGGAAAGGUCUUGGUUAUGAGGAUGCUACAUGGGAGCUUGAGACUUCACCAGUUCUAUGCACACCCGAGGCUAUGACACUUAUGAAAGAUUAUGAAGCACGUAUUGAGGCAAAGACAGCAUUUGAUUCUUCCAAAGCUGAAAAGGUAUUCUAUGAUAUGGAGUAA